AUGUUAGGUAAAUUUAAGCAAACGAGAUAAAUGCAUGAAUUAUGGGUAAUUAGAUUUGUUUGUUUGUUUAUUUAUAAUACUAUCCUUGCUCUGAUUUAAUAUAAUCUUGGUUAUUUGCCUGCACACUGCACAGAAAAGAGUGUUAAUCGGAAAAAGAUAGCUUAAAUUAACGAAUUGGGAGAUAUUAUUAUCGAAGUGAAGAUUGAUAAUAAAUAGCUGGAAGACGAUUAAGAAGAAAAAAAAAGGUCAAGGUAUUUGUAAGUUUUAUAAGAGGACAAUAUUUUGAAUAGGAAAUACAUAUAUUGA